AUGAAGGCCAUCGCGGCGGUUGCCAUAGCACGCAAGUUCACGCUCGAAGAGAAUGCAGCUGCUGGUAUUGUAGUCGCAGGCCUGGUUGGACUGUUCAGCAUUACAGGCCUGAUCAACUGGGCGAAUCGCGUGACACCGAUCCCAGUGGUGAAAGGCAUUCAGGUCGGAGCAGGUUUAUCGCUGUGUCUGAGCGCUGGUUCGAAAAUGCUUAUACCUUUGACCUGGACGGGGCCUUGGUGGGGCGACAACUUGAUUUGGGUGGUAGCGGCCGUCGCCAUGCUGCUCUUUACAUACGCAUACCCGAGACUGCCGUACGCCUUGAUUGUGUUUGGUGUAGGCGUACUUCUCUCGAUUGUUGGACCCGCGAACGACUCCGCGAACAUGCAUCCUUAUUCGAUACCCAUUCUUCACCCGUCCGCAAAUGAUUUCCUGAAAGCAACAACAACUGCGAGUCUAGGCCAGCUGCCUCUUACACUUCUGAACUCGGUGAUAGCAGCAUCGGCACUCGCGUCUGAUCUCUUUCCAUCUCCUCCCUACCCUGCUGCUCCAACAGUGACCGAACUGGGAGUCUCAGUCGCAAUCAUCAAUCUGAUUGCCUGUUGGUUCGGCGCAAUGCCAGUAUGUCAUGGCUCAGGCGGUCUUGCUGGUCAAUACCGCUUUGGCGCACGUAGUGGCUUCAGCAUCAUCUUCCUCGGCUCACUCAAACUUCUUUUCGGUAUCAUCGCUUUCUGGAACUCCGAUGCCAUUGUUGGUGUUCUCUCUGGCAUUCCCAGAUCCCUUCUCGGUGUCCUCGUCAUCGCUGCCGGAGUCGAGCUCGCCAAGGUCGGCGAGAGUGUGAAUACGGAUGCGCGCGAUCUACGAAUUCUGAGCGGAGAUCAGUCUUGGGACGGCAAGCGAUUGAAAACAUUGGAUGAGCGAGAUAGGAGGGAGCGAUGGAUGGUAAUGCUAGUCACUGUGGCAGCAUUACUGACGUUUAGGAACGAUGCUAUAGGCUUCAUCACGGGCCUUGUAUGGCACUGGGCCUUCCAAUACGCCCGAAGAGUUGAGGAUUGGAGAAACAACAGCAUUGGGAGAUCGUUUUUCCGGAGGGCCGAUCAUCACAGGCCAUCUGAGAUUACUAGACUGCUCUCGCACGAAGAGUCUGAUACUGUGGCAUGA